AUGAUAGAAAAUAGAGGCCCGUCAUGCCUAAUUGUGGGUAAUUAUUGCCACGACGUUUUGAUUAAAGACGACACCGUGAUAGGAGAGUCGCUGGGUGGCGCCGCCUCAUUUAUCUCCGGCGUCCUUGAUGGGUUUUCCAUCUCCUCCGCUUACGUCUCUAAGGUGGGUAUCGAUUUUUCAUACCCUGUCAUCCACCCGCCAUUAAUUUGUCCCUCAUCAAAAACCACCGUCUUUCAUGCCCAUUUUUCCUCUGAUAUCAAACGGGAUGACCGGGUCCUGAAACGGGUCUGUGCCUGCGACCCGAUAACUCCUCAUGAUCUCCCAAACUCACAUUUCAGCUUCGGGUUGGCAGUCGGUGUGGGCGGGGAAAUCUUGCCGGAAACAUUAGAGAAAAUGCUUGAUGUUUGUGAUAUAGUAUUUGUGGACAUCCAGGCUUUGAUUCGGGUUUUUGAUUCGGUUGAUGGAACUGUGAUGCUUGUUGAUUUGCGAGAAACUGGGUUCUAUCGAUUGCUACCUCGGAUCAGGUUCUUGAAGGCGUCAACUGAUGAGGCGCCUUAUGUGGAUGUAGAGGAGGUGAGGAAGUAUUGUUGCUUGGUGGUAACCAACGGGAAGGAAGGGUGCACGCUGUAUGAGAAGGACAAGGCGCAGCAGAUUGCUCCUUUUCCAACUAUUCAGGUUGAUCCCACAGGCGCUGGAGAUAGUUUUCUUGGAGGACUUGUUGCGGGGCUUGUGCAGGGAUUGGGGGUGCCUGAGGCUGCAUUGUUGGGGAACUUUUUUGGGUCGCUUACAGUUGGGGAAAUCGGGCUCCCCAAGUUCGAUUUGAAGUUAUUGCAGAGAGUCAAUGAUGAAGUGCAGCAGAUGCUGUUGCAAUGCACUGGAUGUCCUGAAGGCCAAAAUGGUGAAUUGAUGUUUAUGAAGUCAUUUGAUCACGAGCAAUUCCAUAUAGCACUUGGUGCAGCUAAAUUAACCUCCACUCAUCCCAUCCAAGAAUGUCUACGGGACUUGCCACGUUUGCAUACCGCAGAGCAGUCUAUCCACAGCCAGUGCAGCGGUCGACAAAAAUCAUUAUCGAGCACCUUCUAUGAAGAAGAUGAAUGGACUGGUGAGCAGAAACUGCAGUAUGCUGAUGUUCCAGCGGACAUUGAACCUGAAGAAAUUCGGCCCAUGGGAAAUUAUGCUGUAUCGAUAACCUGGGCAGAUGGAUUUAGCCAGAUUGCUCCUUAUGACCAGCUGCAAACAAUGGAACGCUUAGUUGAUGUUCCACAAUUGAUCUGA